ACAUCCAUCUUCAUACAAUAUUGAAACCAUAACCAUGACGGAAACUUUCCAUGCUAUGCUUGUUCUAGUGGCUGUAAUCUUUGGAGCUGCAGAGUUCUGUUCUGGUCAGAACCAGAGCUUCAGCUGUGUAGAUGAGGAGAGAGUAGCCCUCUUGAAGUUCAAACUUUGUUUCAAUGAUUUAUCUGAUAUGUUGUCUUCUUGGAAAGGCAACGACUGUUGUGAAUGGAAAGGAGUAGAGGAGGUUGUUUCAAGUAUGCUCAAGUUGAGAUACUUGGAACACCUGGAUUUGAGCGGAAAUGACGUCAAUAAUAGCCUUAUUCCGCCCUCCUUUGGUUUGAUGAAGCAGCUAAGGUACCUAAAUCUCUCUUUUAUGAACUUCAAAGAAAGAAUUCCUGGUGAACUUGGAAAUCUUACGAGGCUUCACGUUCUUGAUCUUGCUGACUAUUAUGGUGAAGAGUUGAAGGUUGAUGAUGACAUUUGGUGUAUUUCUGAUCUCUCUUCUUUUGCAACAACUUGAUAUGAGUGGAGUAAAACUAAGUCAUGCCUCAUCUCUCUUCUUUGCAACAACUUGAUAUGAGUGGAGUAAAACUAAGUCAUGCCU